CAUGAAUUUUCAGCAAAGCAAACCAAAUCAGAUCUGCCCAUCACUAGCACAUCAGCAUCCCAGAUCUGUUUUAAGAACAGACUUUCUGCAGUGGGGUUGAAGGACAAUCUGUAAAAAAAAAACUGAUUGUAUUUGUUCAAACUGUCAAUCAAUAAGCUCAAAAUUGGCCAAAAAAAGUCAGUGCACGCAUUGCCACCGAUGUCCUGAACUGUAAGAUCAUGUCAGCCAUUGAAAGCCAUAUUCAGAAAAAGAAACACAUUUCUACUAACACUAGUACAAUACACUAAAUGGUGCUACUUUUAAGUGUUCCCUUGCUUCCUGUAGUGUAUUUGCUGCUAGUGCUGAGAUGUUCAAACUUUGCUGCACAAUACUGUGAGGGGAUUCACAGUGAAUAACAUGCAGUCCUCUCAUCAGAGGCAGUCACUUGUACUUCCCCAACUGCCGGAGAGUCUCAGAUUGUCCAUCACUGGCUGAUGAACCCAUAAUAAAGGCAAAAGAGAAAUCCUAAUCCUUCAAACGACACCUUUACAUACAACACGUGAUUGCAGCUGCACCGUAAGAGCCCUCACUGGGGAAAGCCCACAGCCAGUUCGGCAGGUGGAGACAAGGAAACACACAGACCACAUGAAAGGACUGAGGGCUCCGUUUCUGAAACGAAGACUGCAGUGUAGCCUUAAGGUUAACCUGUACUGUUCCCCAGUCACAAAAGAACUUCUUCUCACAAAUCCAAAGUAUGCAUUCUGGGAAAAUCGUAUGAUAUCUAUUGAGAUUGACACUCCAACUCAGAUUUCUUUGGUCGAUGAAGCAACAGGUGAUAAAGAAGAUGUUGUGGUCACACUUUUACCUGCAGGUCACUGUCCAGGAUCAGUAAUGUUUUUGUUCCAAGGAAACGGCGGCACCGUUCUGUAUACAGGUGAUUUUCGGCUUGCAAAAGGAGAAGUGGCGCGUAUGGAGCUUCUACACUCAGGAAACAGAGUGAAAGACAUAGAGAGUGUUUAUUUGGAUACUACGUUUUGUGACCCUAAAUAUUUUCAGAUUCCUAGCAGGGAAGAAUGCUUGUUUGGAAUUUUGGAGCUGGUUCGAAGUUGGAUCACACUGAGUCCUUAUCAUGUUGUGUGGCUCAACUGUAAAGCAGCUUACGGCUAUGAGUAUUUAUUCACAAACCUUAGUGAGGAAUUUGGAGCAAAGGUCCAUGUGAAUAUGUUAGACAUGUUUAAAAACAUGCCUGAAAUCCUGUGUCAUAUAACAACUGACCGCCGGACACAAAUACAUGCCUGCCGACAUCCUGUGAAUGAAGCGUUCAUGCGAGGUAAUAGGAUGCCCUGUGGAAUGCUCUCAGAUGAUGGCAUCCCUCUACAUGUCAUCAGCAUUAAACCAUCCACUAUGUGGUUUGGGGAAAGGACCAGGAAGACCAAUGUGAUUGUAAGGACUGGAGAGAGUUCCUAUCGUGCUUGUUUUUCUUUCCAUUCCUCAUACAGUGAGAUUAAAGAUUUCCUGGGAUACAUCCUGCCCAUGAAUGUUUAUCCUAAUGUGAUUCCUGUGGGGAAAUCAAUAGAAUAUGUAGAAAGCAUCUUAAAACCUCUAUGUAGAUCUUAUUCUGACAGUUCAGUGGUAAAGUAUAAACCACUUGGAGCCCUGAAGAGAGUGAGACAUGUGGAUGCUCAAGACACAGAUAAAGAUGGUAUUGAUUCUUUAUUUGAUGAUUAUCCAUUGACUCAUGUGAGGAACAAGAUUGCCCGAGAUCUCCACUGGAACUCAAAACAGUGUGGCCCUAUUUCAUCUGCAGUCCACAAAGAGAAUGCCAGACCUGCAGGUAACCCCACUGACAUGUCAGUCAACACAGUCUUGCCGGUAGACUAUAUUGACUGUGAGGAAUCUAAUGGGGAGGACGAAGAUGAGGAGGAAGAAGGUACGGAAGAAGCAUCCUCUAAGAUAAUAGAAACUUCACAAGUUGAGACUGCUUCCAGGAAUUCUGGUGACAUUGACUUAAAACAAGCAACAACUAAUGCAGAGGAAAGUGAUGUACCUGAAUGGAGUUCCUUCUUCAGGCCUCAAAUCUUGGGAAAGGUUGAUGUCUCAGAUACAGAUACAGAACAUAAUCCAGCAUCUGGAGAUGGUAUGGCUUCCCUCUCACCAAAAUUGUUCAGCGAUUCCGAUGAUGAUUCUACUCAUAUUUCCUCCAUGAAUUCCUCUCAGUCAACUCACAUCUCUGAACAAGGUAGUCAAGGAUGGGACAGUCAAGCUGACACUGUCCUGCUAUCUUCUCAGGAAAAGAGAGCUGCAGAACUGUGUGUUACACAUAGAUAUUCUACUCUAUCUGCUAUUGAUGAGUCGGCGAUUCCUGAAGCCUCCGGAGUUAAUGAGUCUCCAAACCUGAAGCUCAAUGAUCAAACUGUUGACCUUGUGACCACAUCUCCUACUAAAGUAUUUGGAAUUCCUAAGGCAAAAUACACAGACGAUAGUUCAUUACUGAACUCUGAGCUAAAGUCAGACUCCCAAAGUUCUUCUGAUUUUGACAUUCCUUCUACUCCUGGAACUGAACAACCACAAGCAGAUAAACUGCAACAUGUGUAUAAGAGGCUUGCAAUGGGAGAUAAUGUUUUAUAGAAUAAACAAAGGGUAAAAUAUUGUGUAUUUGUAAGAUAAACAACUAUACAAUGGAAUAGGAUCACCCAAUAUGGAGUAGCUGGCUCCUAACUGGGACAUAUGAAAAUGUAUCUUUUUUGUUAAUGGAUUUUUUAAAGAAAUCUAUUGUGUGUUUUACAUAGUUUCAUAGAGGUUUACAACUGUGUUGGCAUCUUCUUCGGCCUCAGACACUGGCGCUUCUUGCUGCAUUGCCCUGUGGCAGAUCUCUCCUGCGUUCCACCGUAGGGAAGGGCAAGAAGAAAUGCAGCCCAUUUUCAGGAUCAGGUUGUAAGAGCCCUUAUGGAGCUGUUGACACCUUGUUGCUGAAAAUUGACCAUAAAACCUUAAAGGAGGCAUCCUGCACUUGGGGGUGCCAAAUGUUAGGCACCCUAAGUGAUUGUAUUGACU